AUGCUACCUCGAAGGGUUUGCAGGUUGGCCCUGUAUGCCACGUUUCUACUAUACACAGCAGCGGCUUUACUACUUUUAGCCAACAAACACCAAAUUGUUGAUCUUAAUAAAUAUGUGCCAUAUGAUUUGUUUGCUAGUACGGCACCAUCAUUUUUUCAGCCACCUUCAGAUCUGUUUCUUCUAGAUAUAUCCAUCAGUAGUUGUCACUUUUACAACUAUAAAAACCCCAAUUGUGGGAAACCAAGUCGUGACGAGGGAAAGUAUGGUGACUUAACCGAGUACGAAGGAGGUUGGGUCAGAUUAAAGAAGGAUUUAUGUCUCGGAAAGUCAUGGGUUAAGAAAGAGAUAUUUUCGGUAAAGAAGAUCAAUCACGCGAAUUACCAAAAGCUAUUAAGCAAGUCACAGUUAGCAGAUGAAGUGAUUGUUGAUAUCGCGGUCCUGGAUCCUGAAAACGACUCAAAGGUCAAAGGGAAUGCAAAACUCAAGUUACCAAAAUAUGUAAUUGAAGAUUAUCAUAAGCAAAAAACAUAUGAUGGAGCAACGCAGGAAAGUUUGGUUGAGCAGAAUAAAGAUGAGAUACUUGAUGGGUCUACGCCCGACACUUCAAAAGCUAGCCACAAGAUUCAAGAAAUGAAUGCAAAUGUCAAGUCAGAGAAAGCGGAGGACAAUAAAAACAAAGAAGACUCUUCAAAUAAUGGAGAUGAUGAUGAAAAGCACAACAAAAGAGGAAAGGUUUCAAGCAAGGACGAUUUGACUCGAGUUUACUACAUACCAACUAAAGAGGAAUUAACAAAGAGUGGAUGGCAAUACAAAUCGCAUGGUAUUUGGGUGAAAUAUGGUCCUCAUAAUAGCAAAGACGUGGUAACUGCUUUCGAUAUUUUGUUUGGACUCGAUGCAGUUGAUCCUAGACCGAACUGGAAUUUAGUGAAACUGCCAAUUAAAGAUGUAUGCAGUUUAGUCGGAAUACCACCUUUCGUAACCUAUCGUCGUGGACCCAAGCUCGAUUACAAGAAGAAAUUUGAAACACCUUUGGUUAUGAAUGAUAAUGAUGAGUUCAAGAUACUUCAGGUUGCCGAUUUACACUUUUCCACCGGUUACGGGAAAUGUCUCAAUCCGGAACCUGCAUCAUCUGCAUCCGGGUGUCAAGCGGAUCCUCGAACAUUAAAAUUUGUAAACAAGGUCCUUGAUAUCGAAAAACCUGACUUUGUUGUUUUGACUGGUGACCAAGUCUUUGGCUCAACUGCCCCCGAUUCGGAAACAGCCGCUUUCAAAGCCUUGAGCCCAUUUAUUGAACGCAAGAUCCCAUUUGCUCUAGUAUUGGGAAAUCACGAUGCCGAAGGAUCUUUAGGUGCCAAAGAGUUGAUGGGAUUGUAUUCAGAUCUUCCUUAUAGUGUUGCUGCUAUGGGUCCUGACUCAAUUGAUGGAUAUGGAAACUAUAUGGCUACAGUAAAAGGAAAGACAAAAUCAUCUGUUGCUUUAUCGUUUUACUUUGUCGAUUCUCACGCUUACAGCAAGAAUAAGAAAGUAUACCCUGGUUAUGAUUGGAUUAAAGAUAAUCAGCUCAUCUAUAUGAAAGAAGAAGCAGAAUCAAUCAAAGAUGGAGUUGCUGAAUUUGAAAAAGAAAAGUUUACAGAAAAUGGUGAAUCAAAAAACAAGAUACAUUUAUCAAUGGCAUUUCUCCAUAUCCCAUUACCUGAAUUCAAAAAUCUUAAGCAACCAUUAAUUGGUGAACAUAGGGAAGGCGUCACUGCUCCGAUGUAUAAUUCUGGCGCGCGUGACGCAUUCCACGACAUUGGUGUGAAAGCAAUAAGUAUUGGACAUGACCAUUGUAAUGAUUAUUGCCUAUUGGAUGAGCAACAAUCUCCAGCAGAUGAUAACAAAAUGUGGUUGUGUUAUGGAGGUGGAGUCGGAUUAGGUGGAUACGGCGGAUAUGGUGGGUACAUAAGAAGAAUGAGGACAUUUGUGUUGAAUACAGCAAAAGGUGAAAUUAAAUCGUGGAAGAGAGCUGAAAAUGAACCAGAAAAGAAGAUCGAUGAGCAGGUGUUAGUUUCUGGAGGAAAUGUAGUCAAUUGGAAAUAA